UUGGACUACAAAAGUUCAGUCCAACUUGAGUAACAAUGAGCCUGUUUACGUCGUUGGUUUUAGGCCUUUUCUUGUUCGUAAUUUUUAAUAAAUUAUGGUGUUUUUGGUGCCGGAGUAAAGUGUGUUUAAUUGGGAAAACUGCCCUAAUAACUGGCGGAGCCUCAGGUAUUGGAUUCCAAACUGCAUUGGCUUUGGCCUCAAAAGGAUGUCGCAUUAUAAUUGCCGAUAUUACCAACUUAAACGAAGCAGUAGAACAAAUAAAAAAAAUCAGUAAUAAUCCAAAUAUAAUUGGUAAACACAUUGAUUUGAGAUCAUUUGAUUCAGUAAGGCAAUUUGCCAAAGAAAUCUUGGAAACUGAACCAAAACUAGAUAUUUUACUAUGCAAUGCAGGCAUUGGCGAUUACAGGAUACGUACAUUUACUCAAGAUGGCCUAGAAAGGACCAUGCAAGUGAAUUAUUUCAGCCAUUUUCUACUAACACAUCUUUUAUUAGAUCUUUUAAAAAAAGCCCCUUCAACUAGAAUAAUAUUUACCAGCUCAAUAACAGCUUACGUAUCAGAUUUGACUAUUGAAAACCUUAAUCCAAAUCCUGAUUAUUAUCACGGAUUUUUAACCAAAAUGAAUGGAGGUACUUAUAGCAACUCUAAACUUUGUCUAGCAGCGGCUGCUAAAAUGUUUGCGGAAAGACUCAAAGGUACUGGAGUUACGGUAAAUACAGUACUACCUGGAGGAGUUCAAACUCCUAUUUGGUCAGCAACGAAGAGAGAUUUCAAUUUUAUUGGGAUUUUCGUUACUUGUUUGGUUUAUUUAUAUGGAAAGACUCCUGAACAAGGUGCUCAAACUCUGAUCCAUGUGGCGCAUUCUGAAAAUGUUGAAGGGCAAACAGGGCAAUUUUUCUAUGAAGGGAUGCGGUUUUUGAAGCCUUUACAGCUGAGUGAAGGGUUUUGCAAGGAACUUUGGCACAAAUCAAUUGAAUGUACCAAGUUGCAAGCUCAUGAGAUUAAAUGUUAAUGAAAUUUGAAUAAACCAGAUGGGAAGUAAAUAA